GCGCCAUGGCGGGGGGCGGCUGGCUGUGCGGCUCCGCCGGGCUCCGGGACUGGAACCAGACAUGGUUUAUAGAUCUCCUGCACUUUCCCCAGUGCUUUCAGGAUACGGUCCUUGCCUGGAUCCCCUGUGCCUUUCUUUGGGUCGUUUUUCCAUUCUAUUACCUAUAUCUGAAGCACCACAACAAAGGAUACAUCAGGAUGUCACACCUCUUCAGAGCUAAAAUGGUGCUUGGAUUCAUAUUGAUGUUACUGUGUUUUUCUAAUCUAUUCUUCACCCUAUGGGAAAUAAACCAAGGAACACUGAGGGCUCCAGCCUUCUUCAUUAGUCCAGCAGUGCUGGGGAUCACAAUGAUGCUUGCAGUGUUUCUUACCCAGCUUGAAAGACAGAAGGGUGUCCAGUCAUCAGGCAUCUUGUUGAUUUAUUGGCUACUGUCAUUCCUGUCUAGUAUUGUGACUGUUAAUUUGAAAAUUCAACAUGCCAUGAAAUUGGGCUUCCUGGAGGACCCCUUCCAUCACAUCACUUCUUACAUCUAUUCUACCUUGGUGCUAGUAGAAUUGGUGAUCUCCUUCUUUAUAGAUCAGCCUCCCUUCUUCUCCAAAAUUGUCAGUGAUUCCAAUCCAUGUCCAGAAGCCAGUGCCUCGUUUGUUUCCAGAAUCACUUACUGGUGGUUCUCUGGGCUACUCUGGAAGGGCUAUCAGCAGCCAUUAGAAGCAGAAGACCUAUGGUCACUAAUGAAAGAAAACUCAUCUGAGGAAAUUGUCUCCCAGCUUGAAAGAGAAUGGAAGAUGUAUUGUGACAGAACCAGGCAAAAAACAGGGUCAAUUACAUUUGAAAAGAAUCAGCAAAGGGAGGCUGAUUUGACAGAAGCCGAAGAGAAGCAGGUUCUGUUACAGCCAGAAGACUGUCAGAGCAAGUCCCUGCUGAAAGCGUUAUGGAGCAUGUUCGGAACCUAUUUCCUUUUUGGUACCCUCAGCUUGGUCAUUUGUGAUGUCUUCUUGUUCUCAGUCCCAAAGAUAUUCAGCCUUUUUCUGGAGUUCAUGAAAGACCAAGAAUCCCCUAACUGGAAGGGUUAUUUCUAUGCAGGAUUAAUGUUCUUCUUAGCUUGCCUCCAGACUCUGUUUGAACAAUGGUACAUGUAUACGUGUCUUGUAAUAGGAGUAAGGUUCAAGACUGCAGUUACAGGCCUGGUGUACAGAAAGAUCUUAGUCAUGUCAAGUGCAGCAAGGAAAGCAACAACAGUAGGAGAAAUUGUCAAUCUGGUGUCUGUCGAUGUCCAAAAGUUAAUGGAUCUCAUCAUCUAUUUUAAUGGGAUCUGGCUUGCUCCCAUUCGGAUUAUUAUCUGCUUUGUCUUCCUGUGGCAGCUCCUGGGACCAUCUGCCUUGACUGCCGUUGCUGUAUUUUUUCUUCUUUUGCCUCUGAAUUUUGCGAUUACCAAGAAAAGGAGCCAGUUUCAGGAGGAGCAGAUGCAGCAUAAGGAUGACAGAGCAAAACUCACCAAUGCUAUUUUCAGCGACAUCAAAGUCAUCAAACUGUAUGCCUGGGAGAAAGCCUUUAUGGAGAAAGUGCUUGGUAUCCGGAAGCAAGAACUACAAGCCUUAAAAAGGUCUCAGCUUCUGUUUGCAGUGUCUCUGUCUUCCUUCUACUCAUCUACUUUCCUGAUUGCACUGGUCAUGUUUGCAGUCUACACCUUGGUGGAUGAGACCCACGUCCUUGAUGCCCAGAAAGCUUUUGUGUCCUUGACGUUGAUCAACAUUCUCAACACUGCCCACUCCUUCCUGCCAUUUUCCAUCAAUGCUCUUGUGCAGGCCAAGGUUUCCUUAAACCGUUUAGCUGCAUUUCUUAGCUUGGAAGAGCUGGAUUCAGACAACAUGAACACAAAUCUGUUGGAUAGCUUCAAGAAAUGUAUCAUCAUAAGGAAUGGAACUUUCCGCUGGAGCAAAGAACAUUUUCCUUGCCUGAAAAGGAUAAAUUUAUCUGUGCUGGAAGGCAGCCUGCUUGCUGUGGUGGGCCACGUGGGAGCUGGAAAGUCUUCUCUGCUGGCAGCAUUACUUGGGGAGCUGCAGAAGUUGGAAGGCCACGUAUCUGUGAAGGGCACAGUGGCUUAUGUCCCCCAGCAAGCUUGGAUACAGAAUGCUUCAGUGGAAGACAAUAUCCUGUUUGGAAAAGAGAUGGAUGACAGUUGGUAUAACCGAGUGAUACAUGCUUGUGCGCUGCACCCAGACCUGGAAACCUUCCCUGCAGGAAGCAGAAGUGAAAUAGGAGAAAAGGGGAUAAACAUAUCUGGAGGGCAGAAACAGAGGGUGGGGCUCGCUCGAGCAGUGUACCGGAAGGCAGCUGUUUACCUACUGGAUGACCCUCUUUCAGCUGUGGAUGCCCAAGUUGGACAGCAUAUUUUUGAGCAGGUCAUUGGACCUAAUGGCUUACUGAAGGAGAAGACUCGUAUUCUGGUGACUCACACAAUCAGCAUCUUGCCCUAUGUCGACAAUAUUGUUGUGCUGGUGGAUGGUGAGAUCUCAGAAAUGGGUUGCUACCAAGAACUGUUACAGAAAAACGGGGUUUUUGCCGACUUCCUUUAUUCAUACAGCAGCGCACAAGAGGAAGAGGCCUAUGAUUUACCAGCUGCAGGAAAUGCUGACAAUGCCGUCGUUCCCAGAAAUGCUAUGCGCCCAGAAGAACCCUUCAGUGACAGGUCACUCAAGGCUUCUACAGAGAGAAGCAGCUACAGAGCCAUAAGACAAGACCGUGCACCUACUGCAGCUUCCAAAGAUGUGGGAAGACUAAUCGAAGGGGAGAAAACUCAGCAUGGCAGGGUUAAUACUUCCAUUUAUUUGGACUACCUGAGGGCAAUGGGCUCCCCAAUCUGUUUGUACAUCAUCCUAUUGUUUACAUGUCAGCAAACUGCAUCAUUUUGUCGCGGUUACUGGCUCAGCAAGUGGGCAGAUGACCCUGUUAACAAUGGAACGCAAAAGCACACAGAGCUGCGAGUUGGAGUGUUCGGUGUUCUUGGAGUCAUUCAAGCCAUUGGCAAGUUUGGGUCCACAGCAGCUGUCCUGCUAGGAGGGGCAAUAGCAUCCCGCAAGCUCUUUCGGCAGUUACUGGAAAACAUUGCUAGAUCCCCAAUGAUGUUCUUUGAGCAGACAUCCAUUGGAAACUUGCUGAACCGCUUCUCCAAAGAAAUGGAUGCUAUUGAUUCUGUUAUCCCAGAUAAGCUUAAGUCCUUGCUGGGGUUCUUGUUCAACUUGUUGGAGAUCUACAUUGUGAUUGUAUUGGCCACACCAAUAGCGGUAGUGGCAAUCGUGCCAUUGACAGUGCUGUAUGCUGUGUUCCAAAAUUUCUAUGUUGCCACCUCCUGCCAGCUGAGGCGUCUGGAGGCUGCUAGCCGCUCGCCCAUUUACUCCCACAUUUCAGAGACGUUCCAAGGAAGCGGUGUGAUUCGUGCUUACAAGGCACAACAGAGGUUUAUUUCCAAGAACGAUUUCCAAGUGGAUGAGAACCAGAGAAUGUGCUUCCCUGGGGUGGUCGCUGACAGGUGGCUGGCUGCAAACCUGGAGUUUCUAGGCAACGGCAUUGUAUUGUUUGCAGCCCUUUUUGCUGUGAUCAACAAAAAGCAACUUAGCCCGGGGAUUGCUGCCUUUUCCAUUUCAUAUGCUCUUCAGAUAACUGGCAUUUUGAACUGGAUGGUGCGCUCCUGGACAGAAAUAGAAAACAAUGUCGUUUCGGUGGAGAGAGUGAAAGAGUAUUCAGCAACUCCUAAAGAGGCCCCCUGGACUCAGGAAGCCAAGUCUCGAAGUCAGGCUUGGCCCACUGAAGGAAGAAUUGAAUUUAGGAACUACAGUUUACAGUACAGGCCAAACUUAGAGUUAGCACUGAAGAAUAUCACAAUAACAAUAAGGGGGCAAGAGAAGAUUGGCAUAGCUGGAAGAACAGGAGCUGGGAAAUCAACUCUUGCAGUGGGACUACUGAGAUUAGUGGAAGCUGCUGAAGGAGAAAUCUCAAUUGAUGGAAUAAAUAUUGCUCACAUAGGUCUCCAUGACCUUAGAACCAAAAUAACAAUUAUUCCCCAGGAUCCAAUUUUGUUUUCUGGCUCUCUAAGAAUGAACCUCGAUCCCUUAAACACAUACUGUGAUGCAGACAUCUGGACAGCUUUGGAACUGACUCAGCUUAAGAACUUUGUACUGAAUCUGCCCGAUCAACUGAACUACGAGUGCUCUGAACAAGGGGAAAACCUGAGCAUUGGUCAGAAGCAGCUUCUUUGUCUGGCCAGGGCACUGUUACGGAAAACCAAAAUCUUGGUUCUAGAUGAGGCUACAGCAUCAGUGGAUGUAGAAAUGGACCUCCAUAUUCAAUCAAUGAUAAGGACUCAGUUCAAAGAGUGCACAGUGUUGACAAUAGCUCAUCGUGUGAACACCAUCCUGGACUGCAACAGGAUUUUAGUCUUGGAAAACGGUCAGAUUGCUGAAUUUGAUACGCCAGAGAAAUUAAUGGCUCGGAAGGGACUAUUCUACAGACUGGUUGAAGAAUCAGGCCUUGUUUGAUCAUCACCCAAAACAUGCAUCUGUUGUUGAAAAGAACUGAUCUAUUCUUAAAUCACCUAACUUUGGUUUGGUUGUAAAACAUCAGGUACUUAAUCAAAUCUCAUCUGCAUUUGAGCCACGAUGCACUAAAUAGUUAAAGGGAAACCGUUUUACUGUACAUGAAAGAUAUACACACACAUCCAGCUUUUUGAUUUUCAGACCGCUUUCCAUCAUUACACUAGAUGAAACUGUGGUCACAAUUGGAUGUUAUUACCAAAGGUUUUGGCAUUCUCUCUGGGAAGGAACGAACAGUUAUGUCGCACACACCACUUCCUUAUUGGCUUGGUUUUCAAAAAUUAAAUACUAAUAAUUCAUUUAUGCCCAGUUAGUCAGAUGAGCCAAUUGGAAUUUAAACACCUGGCUGGGGUCAGAUGACCCCAGCACUCUUUCCUGCCCAAGGCAGGGGGUCAGACUCGAUGACCUACUGAGGUCCCUUCCGGCCAUAAAAAUCUAUGAAUUCUGGGGUUAGAAGAAGACAUGCACACUCGCAUGUUACUGCUUUUGAAGCAAAAUAAUUGUGCUUUGCAUUUGACUCAGAUUGUAUUACAAAUAGUGGCAACUUCUCUGGGAAGGUCUUAGACAUUCCUGAGUGCCAAAGAAAUCAAGCUGUCAUUCAGUUUACGUUGCAGUGAGGUGCUGCUAACAUCCUUUACAUGUUCUGUAAAAUAACUCAGUACAAAUGAAACCUUACUUGAAAUCCUGACUUUGGUACUUCCCACAGCACAGAAUUUGCCAUGUUCAGUGGGUGCUGUCCUCCUACUUCAGGCAGAUGGAUAGUGCUGGAAAAGUACAUUUUAUACAAUGAGAGAGUUGGUAUGUGCUUGUGCAGAGCCCCAGGCUGAAAGGGUUCCUCUCCUUGGUUUAUUCCUAAAAAUUAAACAGCUUCUAUCUAAUUGUGGGCAAGUCAUUUUUCUAUGCUUCUUUCCCCUUCCACACUUUGGUCUAUUUAGAUCAUAGGGUCCUCAUGCCAGGGACUGAGCCUUGCUGCUGUCGUGGACGGGAAAGCCCCAGUCUUCAAUGCAGUUUGUAGACAUUAUUACUUUUAAAAAAUGAGACAGGAAACAAAGCACUGGGAUACUUAGAUGAAAUAUACCGUGAUUGUUGUUAAGAUGCCGUAUUAUUCCAAUUUUAUCCCAGAUUCUCCAGCUCAAAGAUAUCAGAAUGUCUGUUUCUUCAGGAAAUAAUAUUGGGAGGAAUAGGAGAAUGCAGAUUAGGAAGCGGCUCCUUCCAGCUCGGGGAAAUAACAACCAGCAGUUUGUUGUCCAUCACCUGAUCGCUGUUCAGUGGCUGACCUAGCAUGUGUUUAAAUGACCUUAGUCUAGUUUCCAAUGGAUGUGUCACAGUCCCAAAAUCUAUCAUCCGCUACUCAUGCUUGGUGUUAACAGCAGGAAAUGCGCAAGCAAGGGCUUUCUCUUGCUAUUGUACAUGUUUGUGCCAAAAUAAAACACUUUAGGGCAGUGGUUUUCAA